AUGUCCCGUCUCUCCAUAGCAACCAAAUCCCGCCUCCCAUCGUCUCUGCGCGUCGAAUCCACCAACACAGCCGCCAUCAAGGCCAUCAGCCGACUGUCUCGCGAGGCCCUCAUCCUCCUCGCCCUCGAUUGGCUCGACGGCCCAUCCCUAGCGUACACUGCGCCUUAUCUAUCGGCCCCCAGAGCCGACGAUGACGAGACGCCAGAGGACUCGGCGGACCUCUACCCGCCCUGCAAGUCCAUCGAGGAGCUGCACGACCUCUACACAGAUCUGCAGCAGCAGAGGGGCUCCAGGCGCGAUGUUGUCAGUCGCAUAUUGGAAGGGGAUUGGCGCCAUGGGCUGACGCUCUACCAACUUGCCAUGAUCGACUUUGCCUACCUCGACGAGCACCCUACGUCUCAGAAAUGGACGGCAUACAAGAUCCAGCCUUUGAAUCUGCCAACCAAAGACGCUGAUGAUGAGAUUCUCAAGCCAGACGAGAAGAGUCUCAACCUGCCGAGAUUCCAUCCGUCGACGUUCCUACAGAGCCUGCAGGAGCAGGUCCUGCCUGACAUCAAGGCUCACUAUCACUUCUCACGACCGAAAAAGUUUCCUCUACUGCUGCUGCGCAUAUUUGCCAUUGAAUCGCCGUAUAAUACAGAUUUGGCCCUUUCAGGCCUCAACGGCAGCGGCAAUUCUACCAGCUUUCAUUCUUCCCGUACCAUUUACCUAGCUUUCCCGGACGGCUCGCCAGCAUUGUACAUAACCAGAGCACAAGCCACCGGGCCAAUUAGCCACGGAGAAUCAAAAAGCCUACACAGCCUCAUUGCGAACGGCGUUCCGCAGGCGCUUUCGCGUCCUCGGGAGCGAUACACUCUCAAGCCCACGAGUCUCGUGAGCAGAAAUCUGGAGGCGCUCCUGGACAAGAGGGGCCCGGGGCGGAGCAAUGCCGCAGGAGGCGGAUGGAGCAUCUACGCAAACGAAAAGGACAAGAAAUCGCCGCUGGACACGCUCCUCCCCACACCGCCACUAUCGAGAGAGUCGUCGUCGAACGCGGAGACGGCUCAGAAGCGCUCAAGGCCGCUGUCACAGCAUGAGCGCGCGGCGAAGCGAGCCAAGACGGUGGCCGAGGCGCGCUUCGGCAACUCUGGCAUCGUGUCUGACGGCAAGGGCAUUGAGCGGUUUGAAAUUAUUAUGCAGGAUCCGUAUCCCGCGAUAGACGGUCUGUUUGUACAGGACUCUGAGGACGAGGAUGACAGGCGGAAUCGGCAGACGGAUAGACGGAGGAGCAAGAUUGAUGCCGCGCUACGGCAGGCCUUGGGUGAUGGUGAAGAGGAGGAGGAUGAAAUCGAUCCGACGCGGUGGACACCGAUUGUGAGGAUCAACUUUCAGGGCCCGCAUGUCUUUGCAGGAAUACGGCAAUUAGUUGAAGCUGGGAUCGUGGACGGCGAGCGAAUGCCAGGAUGGAUGACGGGCGAGGAUGGCGUGACCACGGGCGUUGUGAAGAAUGGUUUGAUACGGGGCCACAAGGGUUCAGGAUUAUGA